AUGGUGGUCGCCGGAGUUGGUCGCCGGCGGUGGUCGCCGGAGUUGGUCGACGGAGUUGGUCGCCGGAGUUGUUUGCCGGAGUUGGUCGCCGGCGGUGGUCGCCGGAGUUGGUCACCGGCGGUGGUCGCCGGAGUUGGUCGCCGGAGUUGGUCGCCGGCGAUGGUCGCCGGAGUUGGUCGCCGGCGAUGGUCGCCGGAGUUGGUCGCCGGCGAUGGUCGCCGGCGGUGUCACCGGCGAUGGUCGCCAGAGUUGGUCGCCGGCGAUGACCGCCGGAGUUUGUCGCCGGCGAUGAUCGCCGGAGUUGGUCGCCGGCGGUGGUCGCUGGAGUUGGUUACCGGCAGUGGUCGUUGGAAUUGGUCGUCAAAGGUGGUCGCCGACGAUGUUCGUCGAAGUUGGUUGUCGGCGGUGGUACUCCGGCGGUGGUACUGUGGUCGAAGACAAGAUACAGAUUAUGGACAAGAUGCAGAUGAUGGACAAGAUGCGGAUGAUAGACAAAAUAAGGAUGAUGGACAAGAUGUGAAUGAUGGACAAGAUGUCGUUGAUCAACAAGAUACAGAUGAUAGACAAUAUGCGGAUGAUAGACAAGAUGCGAAUGAUGAAAAAGAUGUGAAUGAUGGACAAGAUGCGAAUGAUUGA